UUCCGUUUCCAUGUAUUGAAAACGUGUCUCACUGAUACGUUAUCAUAACUCAUAAUUCGCGUAACUCGUUGGCAUUUCAGUAGUUCGCUGGAUAAUAAAGCAAUCGAUCGUGACACGGUUCAGUCGAUUAAACACGGUUAAAGUCAGUCUUUACAUCUUCAUGAUAUUAAUUUUUUAUAGUGUAACAAAUAAGAUUCCACGAUGAUAAAUCUGAGAAACGAGGAUACCAUUGAGAAGAAAAGCCUGAUAUUCAGAAUAGAGAAAAAUGUUUUGGUUGGCGAAGAGCUACCGAUUCACAAGGAAUGCACAAACGUCGGUGCGUUGGUAUUGGAGAAGAUGCGAAGCAGACCAGAAUUCGUAGCUCAAGUGGAAGCGGUUACCGGCACGGAGACCAUUUUCGCAGAAAUGACGGAGAAAAGCGUAAAAUGCGCGCUGUGGCUGAGAGAGCAAGCUGUUCAGCCGGGCGACAUAAUCGGCAUUUGCACUCACAAUCACUUGGAAUCAUACGUACCGCUGCUGGCAGCACUCUACGUCGGCGCCAUUAGCAAUCCCUGGGACGACGAACUUUCCCCAACGACCGCGCGUUACUUCCUCUUCCUGACGAGACCGAAAAUAGUGUUCGUAAAUGCCGAGUCAGCCGAGUGUCUGGCGCAGGUCAUAACUGAAAACAAUCUAAACACCAAGCUGGUGGUGUUUGGCGAACUGGCGGGAUUCGAGGACGUGUCCCUGACAAACAUCCUGCGUUCUCAGGACGCCGCUGGGAUCGACGAAUUCGAAUGCGCCAGACUGACCAGCCCCGAUCAUGUUGCCACGAUCGUUUGCUCGUCCGGUACGAGCGGCCUUCCAAAAGGCACCGAGAUUAGCCACGCGGCCAUGAUCAAUUACAUGGCUCACGUGAAGAUCCACGACCUCCGAGGACACGUGUCCAUGUGGACGUCUUCUAUGCGUUGGUACUGUGGCCUAUACAUCAUUAUAAAGGCCAUUCUCGAUUGCUCGAAGAGAGUCAUAGCCCCGGAUCGCGAAGACACCGAGGAAACAUGUCACUUCAUCGAGAAGUACGAGGUAUCCUGGUUUAGAUGCGAUUCCUGCUUCCCCAUUCGACUGGUAAAGUUCGGCAUAUUAAGCAAGUACCGACUACCAACAUUGAAAAUCCUUUUGUUUGGCGGCGCGCAUUUCCGGGGAGAGCUGCAGCAGACUGUGGUGAAACUUUUGCCGCAUACUGAUGUCAUACUAAGCUACGGAAUGACAGAUUACGGGGGAUUAUGCGCCCGUCAAACGAGACAUAGUAAACCAGGCAGUUGUGGAUUUGUGUGCGAAACAGGACGGCUGAAAGUGGUCGAUCCUGACACGGGAAAGAUCUUGGGGGUCAACAAAACUGGAGAAAUAUGGGCCAAAUCGUCAUACAUGAUGAAUGGAUAUCAUAAUAAUCCAGAGGCCACGAAGAACGCUAUCGAUUCGGAUGGAUGGCUACACACUGGCGAUCUUGGUUACUAUGACGACGAUGGCGAAAUCUUCCUCGUCGAUAGAAUGUCGGAAUUCAUCAACUAUAGAGCCAUCAAGAUAUCGCCAGCGGAAAUCGAAGCUUUGAUUCAGCAACAUCCCGCAGUCCUCGAAGUCGCCGUAGUGGCGGUGCCACAUUCUAUCGAGGAGGAACAUGCCAUGGCUUUUAUCGCUAAGGUACCCGGAAAAGAGACGACGGAGCUCGACAUAACCGACUUGGUGGAGCAGAACAUGCCGUGGUACUGCAGAUUGCAUGCGGGAGUUAAAUUCAUGCAAAGGCUUCCUCGCACGGCCACGGGGAAGAUCGCUACGAAGGAACUCAAGCAGAUCGCUAAGAGUUACGUGAUAAAUUAAAAUAAUAGUGUAAUUACUAUUACGUAUUGUUGUCGUAUUUAAAAUACAUAUACUAUUAUAGUA